CUUUUAUUUCCGUCUACUCGCAGCAUCCGACCUUGAGCCUUUGCCGGAUCAUCACAAUGCCACCUGCUUUUAGCGACAACGAGGAACACUCGGACGUCGAGCCCGAGUCCGCCUCGACCAAAAACACCGGCGGCCGUGCGCGAAAGCCUGUCAAGUACGAAGAUGUAACGCCUGAAGAAUCCGAGCGCGUCUCGACAGACGAUAAGAACGGGGUUGCGGCAGAUGCUGGGGAGGAUGAGGAGGCCGACGAGCCCGGCGAGGACGACGAGGAGCUGGAAGAGGAAGUCUACGUGGUGGAGAAAAUCAUGUCACAUAUGAUUGACAAUAAGGGAAAACCGCUAUUUGAAGUCAAGUGGGAGGGCUACGAAAAGAAGUCGGAUCGGACGUGGGAACCUGAGGAAAAUUUGACCGAGAACGCGUCUGAAGCUCUCAACGAGUACUUCGAGAGCAUUGGCGGGCGCGACAAGCUUUAUGAAGACACCGCCAACGUGCUGAAAAGAAAGAAGAGGGAACGGGCGUCGUCCACCCCGCAAGCGAGUACAAAGAGGUCGAAGAGGAACGGGGAGCACCCGUCAGACACGGAACCGCCAGCAAGCGUCAAGGCCGCGACCUGGAAGCCACCGCCGGGGAGUUGGGAAGACCAUAUCGUCAGCCUCGACGCGUGUGAGGACGAGGAAUCGGGGAAGCUUAUGGUAUAUUUGGAAUGGAAAAAUGGCAAGAAGACGCAGCACCCGACCAGCGUGAUUUAUCAACGCUGCCCCCAAAAGAUGCUGCAAUUCUACGAGCAGCACGUGCGCAUCGUCAAAAGGGAACCCGAGAUGGAUGCCGCCGAGGCGCCCCAAUGAAAGCCGGUUUUCUCAGCCCGCGAGGCUCCGGAGUAACUCAUGGCAGCUACUUUUUCGAACAUAUUUCCACAUCAGCAAGUGCCUCGGUCAGACCAGGCAAUGGCGCGUUUCUGGUUGGGCGGCAUGCCUUUCCAAGGUGAUUUUUGGCGUUUAAUUUCCGUCCCUGGUGGGAAGUUGACUGGCUCUCGAACUCUUCGCUUUGUGUAUUGGUAGUAGGCGGGUUGCUUUGCAAUCGAAUCCGUCAAGUGAGUUUCCCCUGGGACAGUAAAUACUCGGGUUGUAUCUCAUGCUGGAUCUAUAGGGCGUGUAUCAGGCGUCAUUGAUUUGAGUUGAUGUUUACUGCCAUGAUACGGCACACCUGGGAAUUAUCAAC